CUAGGGACAGGGGAGAGUCUCUCCUCCAUGGCCCUCAGGGAAGAAAAGACUUCCGCAGAGAGUGACACUGAGGCAGAAACUGUGGUGGAUGGGCACGUGGAGCCCUGCAGUGGUUGCAGCAGCCAAGAACAAGCCUGCUCUGGGGCUCAGGCCAGCAUGCUGCAUGUCCCUAGGGCCCCGGGAGGGGAGGGCUUCUCAAUGGAAGAGGAAGAAGAGUUGGCCAAGAGGAAAGCCAGGCCCGACCACCUGGCUGGGGCCACAGUGUGGAAGAAUCACCAUCCAGACCAAGAAAGCAACCCUGAGGCCUUGGCAAGGAGCCCCUUCAUCACAGCAUCAGAGCCUCUUUAUAGCCCUCUGUUUCCUGAAGACGGCCCUGGACCUGGGACGACAGGAGACCUUCGGCUUGGGGCAGGAGCCCAGAGAGAGGAGAAAUUGUGUCUUGACUCUCCAGAACUACCUCAGAAUCGUGCUGAUCCUCUGGCCAGGACUCUGAGCUCAGGAGAGGUGGCCGACGAUGAAGAUGACCACUCCAGUGUGGAGUCCCCUAAAGUCCAUGGUCCCAGGCAACAACCUUACAACUCAGGUUCCUCUUUCUCACUGAGGUGGAUGUCUUUGCUAAACUCAGACUUAUCCACCCUCUCUUUUUCCAGCCACAGCUUUCCCACCUCACCUGCCUCAAGUGGUUUCCUAAGAGGAAGAGAGAAGACAGGAUCCCAAAGCCCACGGGCUGCUAAGGGCUCUUCCCUAGACUCCACAGCCUCCUGUUUGCCUUCUGGCUCACAGAGCUGUGCUUUGGGCCCCCAGCCUCUGUCCCCUGGGCUGCCAUGUCUGGCUUCAUGCAGUGAUGGAGCUGGGCCGAGCCGGCCAAGGUCCUCCUUCCAGGCUGACUAUUGGGCUUGUGUGCUGCCUGACUCCCUGCCUCCAUCUCCCAAUCGCCAGUCCCCUCUCUGGAAUCCAAAUAAGGAAUAUGAAGACUUACUUGAUUAUACUUACCCACUGAAGCCCAAGGCCCAGCUUCCCAAACGCCUUGAUGGCCACAUGCUGGUGGAUCCCUUCCUACACGACUCAGGAAUUGACCUGGACAGCUUUUCCGUGUCCCCUGAGAACACCCUGAAGUCCCCGGCGACCCUGUCCCAUGACUGCCUGCCCGCAGAAGCCGAUAGCCAGCUCCCCCCAGAGCCCAGAAACUUCGAUGCCGCUGUGUCUCUCCCCCCGGCAGCGGCCUUUGGGUCUGUGGCUUCUGCUCUCUUCAUGUCUACUCCCAAAGGCCGGAGCAGGCGUGCUCCUGGGAAUGACAAGAACCCCACCAGGCUGGAGGCGAGCCAGCAGUCACAGGGAGCCCAGAGCCUUCAGAAUGCUUUAUCUGCACUUGUAGAAAAGAAGCGGGGAGUAGAUGAUCCCCAGAAGCUUCCCCAGGAGGUCCCCCUGGAAUCAGGCUGGGAAACGCACAUUAUUGAAAUGGAAGACGAAUACCUUGCCCUGCCCCCUCGGCUGACCCAGGUUUCCAGUCUGGCUCCCUAUCUCUCUACCAUUCAGGGGAAUGACUCCUGGCCUCCCCAGGCUGCUGAAGGGGGAGGUUUCCCAGCCUCCUCUGGUGGUGGAGAGCCCACUCCUCCCCUGUCCCCUGGCAGAGACUGCUGCCCCAGGAGCCCUCCACCUCAGUUUCAAGAACUUGAUAGGGAAGGAGAGCCAGGAGGUCCAGGCACACGCACAAGGACGAUUGCCUCCUUUCAGGAAAGGCUUGCCCGGCUGCCUUCUUGGGACCUGAAACCAGAAGGGCUGUGUCUGAGGAAAGAGAAGGACCGAGGGACAGACUCUCUCAUACAGUGUGUGAAGAUGUUUUGCUGUCACCUGGAGGAGCUGAUUGGCUGGCUGUACAAAGUCGCUGAGGUGACAGACAACUUGAUUCCCCCAAAGUCCAACCUGGCGAGUCUCAAGUCUUCCCUCCAGCUUUACAGGCAAUUUAAAAAAGACAUAGCUGAACACCAAUCCCUGACUCAGAAUGUCUUACAGAAAGGGGAAAUUCUUCUCCAGUGCUUGUUGGAUAAUGCACCAGUUUUAAAGGACGUCCUGGGCUUGCUGGCGAGGCAGUCGGGUGAGCUGGAGGAGCACGCAGAACGCCUGUAUGACUCCGUCUUAGCAGCUGUGGACACCAUGGCCGGGAAGCCCACCGUCCUGACAGCUCCGAGGAAAAGGAUCUAAGCGGUAACAUCUCAAGCAAUGUUGGAAUCUACCUGGUUGUUUGAAAAAGCAAGAACAGCAAAAGCAAUGCUUUUUACCAGAUCACCUGAAGUCCCAGAGACCAACAGCACUGGCCUAAAUGGUUCUAACUGGAUUUCUCAUAUAUGAAGUGGAAAGCUACUUGAAUUCUUGCAAAAAAGGAAUCUUCUACUGAGAACCUGUAAAGGAGGAAGAUGACUUCCAUGCUAAGGUUUUCCUCAAAUGGUGCUUCUGGUGACUUCACAGAGAUUACCAAGCCACCCAGCUUCUCAGUUUUUAAGAGAAAAUAGCCAAAGUGGCAAAUCUGUCCCCUUACAAGUGAGAGGGAAUAGCAGUAGUUCUUUUUUAGUCAGACACUUGUCUCAGGAACUAGUUUGUGUCACCUGUUUUUAUGAAGUGUCUACAAGAAAACUAGGAAAUAUGACCCUGAAAAUACUUGGCCUCUGAACUGAGAACUAAGAGGUGGUAGUGGCCAGACGGUUUUGAUCUUUCCACAAAGCUGUUAUUUGUUUGGGAAAAUGUGUUUUGCAUGUCUACAACAGAGAAGGCAUUAACACUUGACCUGCUGAUGAAAAUGAAUCUGGCCCGUUGAUUUGGUUGAGAGAUAACACUCAUUUUCUUGCUAAGGACAACAGGUCUUCUGUUUAAUUGAAAGAUGGCAACUCAGUAAACAUUAAAUGCCUACCAUUUAAGGCACUUUAGUUUCUUAUCAAAUGGGUGAUGCGAUUUUUUUAUGCCCAACUCUUAGGUAACUUACAGUGGUUGGCCUCACUUAAUUCCUCAGUUUAGGAAUUCCUCUACCCCUUAGCAAAAACACUAGAAAAAGGACUAGAUGGAACCUUCUCACCACCCUGAAGUGGAAGUAAAAUUUAGCAAUUCUAUACUUUUCUAGAACAAUGAUGGUAACUAGGCAUACAGAACAAAAACUCCAAUUUUCACAAACUGAAUUCUCAAGUGAAGAAAGGUGGAAGAGGAAAGCAGGUAGAAUAAAAAAAAAAAAUUCUGAGAAUUGGGAAAAGGAUUGUUGGUAGUGGAGUAUUAGGAAAAAACGCUCAGAGCUUUUGGCAAACCUCUUAGAUUUGAAUAUGUUGCUUUAAAAA